GCACUCCGCGUCGAAUGGUGUAAGACACGGGCUCGACAUACCAGAUGGUUAGAAGAAAUACAACUCCUGCUAGUAGAAAUGCGCCACGUGUUAGCAUUCUUUGCGUGGGAAGCCGAAUGCUGGGAUGAACGAGGAACCCUUCGUGUGGUGGACCGGUCAGAAGAUGCAGAGGGUUUGACGGCAUACGCAAAGCGCCAGGCUGCUGUCCGUUGUGCCUUGUCUGCCAGUUUUUCGGAGAUGUGGUCUAAU